AUGUUGCAACAGGCCGGUGGCAAACUCCUCCCGCCAAGUCCCGGCCCCAAUGGCCUGGACGCCAACGGCAUGCCUCUCGACUACGACUGUCUCAGUCGGUUAUUCGACUCCCAACUGCUCACCGCUAACCUCUGCUCGGCCAUGGGUCUACCCACUGAGCUGGAUCCCGGCAUCUGCCACUACCUGCGCAGCCGGCGUCAGUUGGCUGCCUCCACGGCAGCUGCAGCCUCCGGUGGCGCCGGUGGUGCCGCGCAGGUGAACGGUGGAUCCAUGAACCUGGACUACCACGUGGCCUGCCUCUUCAUCGUAUUUGCAGCUAAUGCCCUACCGCAGUUGGCUCGGGCUGAGGGAUGCAAAUACCACAUCAACCUGGAGGCCAAUGAGGGUAACAUUCACUGCAUUGCUUAUGCAGUGACGGCCAUCAUGGUGGGUGACUUGGAUUGCUUUCCCUUGGCUCUCAUGAAAUCCUAA